AGGUUUGGUCCCUUUCAAACUCAUGUAACCAUAAACCAUUCUAGGUAAUUAUUUAUUACCACCAACAACUCUUGUUACUCUCAAAACCUAACAAAUUUUUUAGUUCUUUUUUGCAUUUGGAUCUCUUCUCUGUUUUCCACCUUCUUUCAAGACUUGUAAAAAAAGGAAGAGAAAUUCGUGUUACUAUGAGUUCUGAAACUAUACCACAAAUUCAGCACAUAAUCAACAUUCCAGAAAUCAUUGAACCUAUGUUACAUGAAAAAUGUUGCAUUUACAAGGUUCCUCACCAUGUUCUGAAGUUGAAUGAAGAUGCUUAUACACCAAAGUUUAUCUCAAUAGGUCCUUUUCACAGUCAAAAUCCACAACUAAAUCAAGAGAAACAGAAACAAAGGUAUUUUCAUGCAUUUUGGAAACGUUUAUCUAAUAAACAAACUUUAGCUUUGGUACAAUAUAAAGCUUUUCUUGAAGAAAACCGAAAAAAUAUUUGUAAUUGUUAUUCCAAACAAGAACUUUGUACGGAUGAGAAGUUUUUGGAAAUGAUUUUGUUAGACUCAGUUUUCAUAAUGGAACUUUUUUUGAGAAAAGUUAAAGAAUCUGAACAGGAAAAUGAUUUCAUGUUUAAAACAUCAUGGAUUUACAAAAUGACACAAAGAGAUUUGUUGCUGCUUGAAAAUCAAAUUCCCAUGUUUGUUUUGGAGGAAUUACACAGAGGGGUGUUAUUAGUUGAAAAUAAUGGUUGCAAUAGCAAUAAGGAAAAUUGUGUUAGUUUUAUUGAUCUUGCUUUUAAAUACUUUGAAGAUUAUUAUCCUCAAAAGUUAAUAAGUCAAAAAUUGGAGUUGACUCAAAAUUGCAAAUCUUGCAACCAUUUCACUGAUUUGAUUAGAUAUACUUAUCUUCCAAGAGAAAUUCAAGUAAAGGGUGUGAAUCCAUCAAAAAGUUUCGCACCUUUUAGAUCGGAAUAUGUACUAAGAACAGCUACAAAGUUGAGUGAAGCUGGUAUUAGUUUCGAGAAACUUCAAGGUAGAAGCUAUUGUGACUUAAAGUUUAAGAAGACACCAAUUUUGAGCUGGUUUUUGUGCUUAGGUUGUGUACCAUGUUUUAAAUUUGUGGAAUCUAAGUUACAAAUCCCGCAUUUGAAUGUAGACCAAGCAACAGAAUGUGUUCUUAGGAACCUAAUCGCAUUUGAACAAUGUCACUAUUCAGAGCAACCUUUCAUAUGCAACUAUGUUUCUUUAAUUGAUUCUUUGAUUCAUACACACGAAGAUGUUGAGUUGUUGGUUGACACAGAAAUCAUUAGCCAUGAACUUGGAAGUCAUGCAGAAUUGGCAACAUUGGUUAAUGGUCUAUGCAAAUAUGUUGUGGUGACAUCAAAUUGUUAUGGAAAGAUCAUUAAAGAAAUGAAUGAACAUUAUAAUAACUGGUGGAAACAUUAUAUGGGAAUGUUGAGAUCAGUGUAUUUUCGUGAUCCUUGGAGAAUCAGUUCAACUGUUGUUGGAAUUGCAAUUUUCUUAUUUGCUGCUGUCAAUUUUCUUAGAGUUAUUGGUGUAUUUCGUUUGAAGUAGUUCUUAGUACUAGUUGAUUUUGUUAGAAUUUCCAAACAUAUCUUAUUAUUUUUCAUGAAUUAUAUGUUAUGUAAUGUUAACAUUCACAGUUUGUAUGAAUAUAUUUCUUAGUGAAAGUACUGCAUUUGCAUAGUACAGAUGCUGGUGAUUAAAUCA